AUGUCCGUAGACUCACACUUUGCCUCGCCCGUAUUCUACGCUCCCACCCUCUCCCGCGCGACCUUUCCCGCACACCCCAAGCACGACGACUCCCCCGGCGCCGGCCCCUUCCUGGACGAGGCCGACUACGCGAAGCAGUCCUUUGACUUUUUCCACUUCGGCAGCACAGCCACCUCAGGCGUCCUCGCGCCUCACCCGGACCAGUUCGAGUCAGAGCUAGACUCGUCCCUCGCCGCCUUCGACGCCGAGCUCUCGCUCCUCCCCGUAGAGACAGAGACCCAGGACAUUUUUUCCUUCCUCCGCUCCGACACACCCACCUGCGGCCCGCCCUCCACCUUCACCGUCUCUUCCGAGUCGGUGUCGGGGUAUGACUCUAGCUACGCCGACUCCGUCUCCGGCCGCGACAGCUACUACGCUUUCCACCCCGCCUACGCCCGCUCUCCCGCAUCCAGCUACACCGCAAGCAACUACUCUUUCCGUACGCACGAGCUUGAGAUGGACUUUAAACGCAUGGCCUUGCCCGCGCCGCAGGACGAGCACAAGGUCUUUGCUGCGCUCCCCGCAUCUCCAUCUAUGCGCAACUCUCCCGCGACGAUUCCCACGAUCGCGCGCUACUCCCCGACGACGGCGGGUUAUUCCCCGCGUGGGAGCUUCUCCGAUUAUGAGCCCGCGCAGCCGCAUCACGUACGCAUUGGCAGCUCUGCGGCCUCGGACUACUACCCGCAGGCGUCUAUCCCGGGCGUUAACAAGCAGUACAAUUACGGCGUCGGCGCAGUUGUAUCGCCCUCCACUGUGUCUCCGUCGCUACCCGCUGUGCCUCCAAUCCCGGUCAUUGCCACCACUCCAAUGCCCAAGAAGAUGGAGGAGAUGCAGCAAGACCCGAAGAAGAAGUAUCAAUGCCCUUCGUGCCCGAGAGCCUUCGCUCGCGCCUAUAACCUUAAGACGCAUAUCCAGACCCACGAUCCGAACCGCUCUAAGCCGUAUUCCUGCCACCACAAGUCGUGCGGUAGGUCGUUCAGUCGCAAGCAUGAUCUGACACGCCACUUGGUGUCGAUCCACCGCGCCGAGUCGGUUUCGUCCGGCUCGUCGACGUCCAAGUCGAUUGGUGUGAACAAGGAUACCCGUGGCUGGUGCGACAACUGUGGCAAGGGAUGGGUCGGCAAGGGAAAGGAGAAGGGCUGCGAGUGUGACAGCGCCAAGUAA